UUGAAGGAAAUGGCGGUAAACGGAACGAGCAUCAAAACGGCGUCGGAUGGAGUAUGGGGAGGAGACAAUCCUCUCAACUGUGCCUUUCCUCUUUUAAUAAUACAAGUCACCAUCGUCCUAUUCACCAGCCGCUUCCUUACCCUUCUCCUCAAACCCCUUCGUCAACCCAAAGUCGUCGCCGAGAUCCUUGGAGGGAUAUUGUUGGGACCUUCAGCAUUGGGGAGAAACAAAGAGUUUGUUAAACUCGUGUUUCCAGAAUGGAGCACUCCGAUACUAGAGUCAGUUGCUAGCAUUGGCCUCCUUUUCUUCCUCUUCCUAGUCGGUCUAGAACUAGACCUCACGGUUCUAGGCCGCACGGGAAAAAAAGCUUUUGCUAUUUCUUUUGCCGGAAUCUCUCUCCCUUUUGUGUUGGGCGCUGGUGUUUCCCUUUUCCUCCGUAGAGCCGUGGAGGAGGAUCAUGAAUCAACAGGAUACUGGCAAUUCCUUCUAUUCAUUGGAGUCUCUCUUUCCAUCACAGCUUUCCCAGUCCUUGCCCGUAUCUUAGCUGAACUCAAGCUCUUGACCACAAGUGUUGGUCAGACAGCCUUAGCAGCUGCUGCUUUCAAUGACAUGGCCGCAUGGAUCCUCCUUGCCCUAGCCGUGGCUCUCCCCGGAAGCCACGACAACCACAAACAUGCAUCUCCAUUGAUAUCCAUAUGGGUUCUUCUUUCAGGUUUUGCCUUUGUUAUCUUCAUGAUUUUUGUGAUCCGACCAACCAUGAAAUGGAUCGUCCAGAACUAUGCCAGCACGAUGCACGAGGCGUGCAUAUGCCUAACUCUAGCAGGAGUCCUAGUCUCCGGUUUUAUCACAGACCUAAUCGGACUACACUCCAUAUUUGGGGCUUUUGUCUUUGGGCUAAUCGUCCCUAAAAAUGGAUCUUUCAGUGACCAGCUCGUCGAGCGAAUAGAGGACUUUGUCUCGGGGCUUCUACUCCCGCUCUACUUUGCAUCUAGCGGACUGAAGACAGAUGUAAACAAGAUCAAUGGUGCAGAGGCUUGGGGGAUAUUGGCCUUGGUAAUAUCCACGGCUUGCGUAGGGAAAAUCAUUGGCACCUUCCUCAUGGCGAUGAUGUGCACCAUAUCCGCGCGUGAAUCCCUCACUUUAGGGUUUUUGAUGAACACUAAAGGGCUCGUUGAGCUAGUUGUACUAAACAUCGGCAAGGAGAAGAAGGUGCUCAACGACGAGAUGUUCGCAAUUCUAGUCCUGAUGGCUCUGGUCACAACCUUUAUGACGACUCCAUCAGUCGUGGCUGUAUAUAAACCCUUGAACAAUGAUGGUUCUGACUCCACAGGUGACGAGAAAGAGAAGUUACGCAUCCUAGCCUGCGUACGUGGUCCUCAAGACGUUCCUUGCAUAAUCAAACUCGUUGAGUCUCUUGGUACGUCCAAUGGAUCACUCAAAGUAUAUGUGAUGCAUUUGAUGGAACUCACUGAACUAUCAUCCUCCAUCUCGAUGGUCCAACGAACGAGAAGAAACGGUGUGCCGUUCAUAGAUAAGUUGUGUAAAGGGAGGCCGCGUGACCAGAUAGAAGCUGCGUUUAGUAUUUACGGACAGGUCAGAGACCAGAAACAAAGGAUUAGAAUCCGCCACUUAAAAAGUGUGUCAGCUUUGGGAACGAUGCACGAGGACAUAUGCAAUGCAGCGGAACAUAACAAGGUGUGGAUGAUCAUAUUACCGCAUCUGAUAACGGGAUGGGGAGUGGUCAACGAGAGGGUGAUGGAGUAUGCUAAAUGCCCAGUGGUUGCGGUUCUAGACCACAAAGAGACUGGAGAAAGCAGUAGCCGCGAUAGGCCAAAAAGAAUAGGACUUGUGUUCAUUGGUGGGAUCAACGAUAGAAAAGCACUUGAGAUUGGAAGUAGAAUGGCUCAACACCCCAAGACCAAAAUAACACUCUUGCGAAUCUCCGAUAGUACCUUAACUUCUGGUUAUAGUGAAAAGGUAAAAAAUCAUUUACAUUAACUUUAGUGUAGUAGACGGAACUUACUAAAGAAUAUAAAUCACGUAACCAUAACUAAUUAAGAUUGUGAUGAUGUAGGAGAUUGAUGAUAUAGCAGUGGAAGAUUUUAAGCAACAAUGUGAAGGUGUAGAGAUAGAGUACGAAGAAAUCAAAGUCGAGGAAAUAGGAAUGAGAAAGGACUAUGAGCUUCUGAUAGUUGGAAAUCGACAAUCAACAAGUUGUCAAAUGGGACGACUAGUGGUUUCAACACUAGUCAUUCAAGGA